CGCUAUUUCCAAGCUUUUCUAUUUUUAUCAAUAGACUAUACAGCUUGACGGACAACCGGACAGACGAACGAAUGGGUGGGUAGAACGAAAGGUAGUAGGAGAAGCAGAGGCACCGUUAGGAGGGGAAGGUCUGGUAAAUAAGUAACCUGCGAUUGCAAGAGCCGCCUCAGUUCGUGUUACAUUUAGUCCGAGUCGUUUGUCGUUAAUCGUAAUACAUUCGAACGAGAGAGGUGUCCACUCACGAUGACCGCCGUCGCAUUUCGUUCCGUCCGGGCGAAAUCGAAAUGAACAGUGAGACGGGAGGUGGUCUCCUCCUUGCUGCAAUAGUCGUCACGAUUUAUUGAAAGCGUCUCACUGUUUCCGCGAUCCCUCCCCCUUCCCUUAGUAUUCGUCGAUCCGUGUGAGAUGGAUAGCGCGAUUGUUUUGGCGUUGAUCGCCCUAUUGGCCGCCCACGUCGGCGACGUUGCGGCAUCUUGUCGAGAAGUACAAAACGACGACAUGGUAGAGUAUCUCUGCGAGGGUGGCCACCCCGGCGACCUCGCCACCGUGCCCGAGAACGCGGAAAAGCUGCGGAUCAGCAGGAUGCCGUUGCGCAGAAUAACCGCCGACACGUUCGCCAAGUUCGGCAGCAACCUCUGGGUGCUGAGUUGCUCGCACUGCGAGAUCAGCGAGGUCGAGACGGACGCGUUUCGCCGGCUGGUCAAUCUUCAGCAGCUGAGUCUGGACAACAAUUAUCUGACCGCUGUGAAGGCCUCCUGGUUCGAAGGUCUGGAUUUUUUGACAUAUCUAGAUGUUAACUAUAACGACAUACGCGAGAUCGAGGACGGCGUCUACCAGAAUCUACCCGCCCUCGUGGACUUCAGGAUCUCCGGGAACCGGCUGCGGUGUCUGAAUCUCGACGGGAUGUCGCAUCUGCGACAGUUGAAGCGCAUGUUCCUCAGCGAGAACCCCGAAUUCGCCUGUCCGCACGCCGUCAGCGAGUUCUUGGAGAACCAACACAUCACUUUCGAGCAGGAUCCCGAAUGGAGGAGGCUCGCUCACGAUGCGAUCAAGGUUCACGUGCCACCUAGCCGCGUGGAAGAAGAGGAAGAGGAAGAGGAAGAGGAAGAAGAGGAGGAGGAGGAGGAGGAAGAGGUAAUGGAGAAGGAGGCUAGGGACAAAAUCAGCGUGUUCGCACAUCGCGAGAGAAUGUAUCCGGACAGGCGACCUCCGCAUCAACCGGAAGUGCCGGCCGUGCCUCCGCAAACGGGAGACAGGCCGUUCUAUCCUGCCGAACAUUAUGGACGCCGUAGGAGACCGACGACUACUACCACCACUAUGCGGCCGAUGGUGGUGCAGUCACACGUACCGCGAGUGGAGCAGAUACCUUCGUCCGGAGGUGCGAGGACUUCCUACCAGCCAUCGCCGGAGUUGAGGCCGCCUCUGGAGGACGCCAGGAUGACGGCGGGGGCUGACAGAUCGCCGCAAACGGAAGACGCCUCGAUGUACUCGCACCCAAUGAAAUAUCCAACGCACCAGAUGACGUUGUCUUAUCCGUCGGACAUAACGUCAGAGAAGUCGCGGGCAUCGUCAAUAGAGUCAAGACCAUCUCCAGAGGACAUCAGACUCAUGACAGGCACUGAUAGAACAACGUUGGCAGAGCAUACCUUGACGUACCCGGGACGUAUCCCGACGCAUGAAACCACAUCUACUUACCCGUCGCACGCGACACCGGAGGAUUCGCGAAUACCGUGGAUGGGGUCCAGGCAUCCUUCGGAGGAUACUACCGAGUCAACAGCGAGACUCGACAAACCGAUGCUGACGGGACACACCUUGACGAGCCCUCCGUACGAGUCGACUCGAGAAACCAUAUCCUAUCCUUAUCCGUAUGUGACGUCGGAGAGAUCGCGGGUACCAGCCCUGGAACCAGAAACAUCCUCAGAAAUGACGUGGUCUGAGGACGUUGAAGAGAGUACCGUGGAAGAUACUGUGAUGUUUCCGCUAUAUACCGCGAUACCCGACGGCCGAGAGGGAACGCUUAAUGGCUCCAUGGAGAUGACGCGACUGAGGAUUCCGGUCGCGAGCAGCGAUAACGGUGCAUCCAUCACUUCCCGGACUUGGUCGACCGACAACUCCAUGGAGUAUCAUCCGGACGACUCGGCGCAGAACGCGGAACGUCAUCAGAAGUGGCCGUCGUCGUGGCCGACGACGGACCCGUCGACGAUGGGUCGCCAAGAAACGCCGUAUCAUGUGCCGCGCGAGCCGACCGGACGCGAUUAUACGCCUGAUAACAAAGUAAUCGUUGGUGAUCGGGGGUUAUCGCGCACCGACGACUUCAUCGCCACGGAUCUGUCGGUCAAGCGCGGCGAGGCAGAACGCUCGAGGACGGCCAUGACGACGUUACACGACUUUGAAGACACCAACGAAGAGGGUGUGCAUUACGUCAGACCGUUGCCGGCCUCGCAUCCGGAGAUAAUGCAUCCGAUUUCGGCAGACGAGCACUACCAGGGACCGUACUACGAUUCGCCGGUCACCCUGCAUCCGGCGAUAUGGGAACACGAAGACGACGACGACGACGAGGAGCCGAGUGACGAGGAGAUGAGCACAGACAAGCCGCUACCGGAUUGCCCGAAGAAGAGUUCGGCGCCACGGGUCCGACCGGCCUCUGUACUGGUGAUGUCCAUCGUCGUCGUCAUCUUCGGACACGUCAUCGUCGCGGGCAUCUAGUCCCGGUCUCAGGUCGUGGUUCCCUCGUUCGCACGUCCGGGUCGGCGAUCUAUGUGUUGCGCGGGGACCAGUGCGCUGAGUGUAAUUGUAACAAUUAGUAGACCGCGCGAGAGAGGAAGGAAGGAUCGAGUUCGUUUCACCGAUUCGACCACAACAACGACGACGACACGUUUUGUGCCGUAUCGCGUCGUGCUGUGCAUCCUUGGACCUGAGCGCGCAUUUAAUAUUUAACGUCAUGAUUCUCCCUCCCGUAGCAACCUCCAGAUACCUUCUUAACGACGCUUCGUAGGAUUAUUACGAUUAAUCACAUGCAACUAUUAAACGACAACGCUCGAUGCGGAGUGGCGCUUCUUCUACUUGGGAACGGCGAGGCCAGCCGAGUCUAACGCUGGGCCAGAGAAGCGGCGGAAGCCGAGCGUCUGGAGAAGAUGCUGAAGAUCGAGAACGAGGAGAACGCAGCUGCGAAUGAUCUCGCGUUGGUGAUCCAGAAUCGUAACAGAGCUCGCGCCAGUCAGUCGGACAGUUUCUUCGACUCUUUG